GCUAACUUCUGUGUUUCAUUGCAGAACUACCCAUGAGUUUUUGUUUGGKGCCCUUGCUGAACUUGUAGAUAAUGCCAGAGAUGCAGAUGCCACGAGAAUAGACAUUUAUACUGAGCAACGGGAUGACCUACGAGGUGGAUUCAUGCUAUGUUUUUUGGAUGAUGGAACAGGAAUGGAUUCAAAUGAAGCUGCCAGUGUUAUCCAGUUUGGUAAAUCAGCCAAGCGAUCACCUGAGUCCACUCAAAUCGGGCAGUAUGGGAACGGCUUGAAAUCGGGUUCCAUGCGGAUUGGGAAGGAUUUUAUCCUGUUCACAAAGAAAGAUAACACCAUGACUUGCCUUCUCUUGUCACGGACGUUCCAUGAGGAAGAAGGCAUUGAUGAGGUCAUCGUUCCCCUGCCCACAUGGAACUCACGGAGCCGUGAACCUGUGACGGACAACAUGGAAAAAUUUGCUAUUGAGACAGAGCUCAUUUACAAGUAUUCCCCUUUCAAAUCAGAACGGGAAGUAAUGGACCAGUUCAAUAAGAUACGUGGUGAGAAAGGCACCCUGGUGAUCAUCUUUAACCUCAAACUAAUGGAUAAUGGAGAGCCAGAGCUGGAUGUGACUUCUGACCCUCAUGAUAUUCAGAUGGCAGAAACACCUCCAGAGGGAACCAAACCAGAGCGCCGCUCCUUCCGUGCCUAUGCUGCUGUGCUUUAUAUUGAUCCCAGGAUGAGGAUCUUCAUCAAUGGACACAAAGUACAAACCAAACGACUCUCAUGCUGCCUCUAUAAGCCAAGGAUGUACAAAUAUACUUCAAACCGUUUCAAGACCCGUGCAGAGCAAGAGGUGAAGAAAGCAGAGCACAUGGCAAAGAUAGCGGAAGAGAAGGCUCGAGAGGCGGAGAGCAAAGCCCGUGCCCUCGAGCUACGCCUCGGAGGGGAUCUCACGCGGGAGUCCAGGGUGAUGCUGCGUCAGGUUCAGAACUCGGCCAUCACCAUGCGGCGGGAGGCUGACGUCAAGAAAAGGAUUAAGGAUGCAAAGCAGCGGGCGCUGAAGGAACCCAAAGAGCUGAACUUUAUCUUUGGGGUGAACAUUGAGCAGCGYGAACUGGAUGGCAUGUUCAUUUAUAACUGCAGUCGGCUGAUCAAGAUGUAUGAGAAGGUGGGCCCACAGCUGGAGGGUGGCAUGGCAUGUGGAGGAGUGGUAGGUGUGGUGGAUGUGCCCUAUUUGGUUCUGGAACCAACCCAUAAUAAACAAGACUUUGCUGAUGCCAAGGAGUAUCGACACUUGCUGAAGGCCAUGGGAGAGCAUUUGGCUCAGUACUGGAAGGAUGUUGCAAUAGCCCAGAGAGGUAUCAUCAAGUUCUGGGAUGAAUUUGGUUAUCUAUCAGCAAACUGGAACCAGCCUCCAUCACGUGAACUGCGCUACAAGCGCAGGAGAGCCAUGGAGAUCCCCACCACAAUUCAGUGCGAUGUCUGUCUGAAGUGGCGGACUCUCCCAUUCCAGCUGAGCUCAGUGGAGAAGAACUACCCUGAUACCUGGGUGUGCUCCAUGAACCCUGAUCCUGAACAAGACAGAUGUGAGGCUGCAGAGCAGAAGCAGAAGGUACCACUGGGGACUCUAAAAAAAGACUUGAAAUCACAUGAGGAAAAGCAGAAACAGCUGACAGAGAAAAUCCGCCAGCAGCAGGAAAAGCUGGAAGCUCUGCAGAAAACCACUCCAAUUCGAUCUCAGGCUGACUUAAAGAAACUGCCUUUGGAAGUGACCACACGCCCUUCAAGGGAGCACACCCGACCUCAGCGCCCACGGUCUCCUCCUUUGCCUGAUGUAAUCAAGAAUGCUCCUAGCCGACCACCAGGAUCUUCACCUCCUCCCAAGUCCAGCAGUCAGCUGAAAAAGAGCUCUUCAGAUCAUCCAAAUACCAGCUCUCCCAAGCUGGCCAGCAUGCWUUUAAAGGAGGAGGCCAGCACUUCCAGGACACACCAUCACACUGUGACAGCAGGGAAGUCUAACAGCACUUUAAAAACUCUUGCCAAACCAGGUACAAACAUGAAGUCCCUCUCCGGCCUGCAGAGUCAUAAAAGCCCACGUGAGACACCCAAUCCAAAAGCUACCAAGGCGCCAGCUGUGAAGAAAUCUGCCUCUAGCAGAUAUUCACAGGCUUCCAGCACUCGAAAGAGGGCCUUGAACAUCUCAGAGGAUGGGUCUGAGGAGGAGAGGGAGCACAAAAAGGAGAGGACAAAACGAGGAAAAUUUUUGGCACUAAAAGAAGAGAAGGAUUCCAAUGAGGUGGUGGUGGAGCUCACAGACAGUGCUGGAGAGGAAGAAUUGUUGGAACUGAAGAAAGCACAGAAAGAUAAGGGGCUGCAUGUGGAAGUGCGUGUGAACAAGGAAUGGUUCACGGGCCGUGUCACAGCUGUGGAAAGGGGCAGGCACACAAUCCGGUGGAAGGUGAAGUUUGAUUAUGUCCCUACAGACACCACACCAAGGGAUCGCUGGGUAGAGAAGAACAGUGAGGAUGUAAGGCUAAUGAAGCCUCCCUCUCCUGAGUACCAUGCUGCAGACACACAGCAGGAAGAGGAGGUGAUCGUGGCUGAACCUUCUACCUCAGAUUGCAUCAGAACCGAGCCCGACACCACUGGUCCCAGCAGCAGCCAAGAAACAGUUGACUUGCUGGUCCAGAUCCUUCGGAAUUGUUUGCGAUACUUCUUGCCUCCAAAUUUUCCGAUCUCCAAGAAUGAGCUGAGUUCAAUGAGCUCAGAAGGGUUGUUGGCAUUUCCCUUGAAAGAAUAUUUUAAGCAGUAUGAGGUGGGUCUGCAGAACCUGUGCAAUUCAUAUCAGACACGUGCUGAUGCCCGGGCCAAAGCUUGCGAAGAAAACCUCCGGAACUCAGAGAGGAAGCUGAGGGAGACGGAGGAGAAACUGCAGAAGCUGAGGACUAAUAUCAUGGCCCUUCUGCAGAAAGUGCAGGAGGACAUUGAUAUUAAUACAGAUGAUGAACUGGAUGCAUAUAUCGAGGAUUUGAUCAUGAAAGGAGACUGAGCAGCUCCRGUACGAGUCCUGGAGAAGUGCAGAGGAGCUGGCUGCUGCAAUGGGAGAUGUGGAUCUCUCUGUGGAUGGAUUGGGGCAGCUGAUGGGGAAAGAGAGUUUUUUAGACAGUGCUCAUGUUGGUGUACAACUUGUUCCUGUGACUGUACAUGAGAAACAUUCGUGCUGUUGGCAGGAAAAUUUGUAACAUGGUAGUUCUCUGAAUCUCUUUCUUUCAUUUAUAAAUAUUUAUUUUUAAAUGAAAUGGGAACUGUGCCGGAUACAAGGAGUGUUUUUAGUGAUGCAGGAAUGCGAGUACCCUUUCUGCAUCUGGGCUAUAGUCCUAUGCUAAAAGCGGGAUCCUGGAGCACCCUGCCUAGCAGGUUGUCUCCAGCCAGAACCUGGCAGAAACUGAAAAAUAAGUCUUGAGUUCUGGCAGAGGAGGUCAAGAUUUUGUUGUGAAAGAUACUGAACUGGGGCUAGAGAAAGCCAAGCCAAGGAUUUGAGCUAUAGAAAGGAGAUAUCUCUGUGUGAGUGUGAAUGGAAGGGGAUGGAGCUUGAUGGAUCUGGGGAAUUUGGCACUGGCGUGUGCAGUGAGCUUCCUGAACAGGAGGUUGCUGUAAGUGGGUGGAACUGCCACUGUGGUAACAACCACGAGGCUGAAGGUUUUUCUAGAAGAGGAUGACCUCCUGGGCUGCUCACAGUGAGCUGUGAGUAUCAGAGGGAGAACGUUGGAGGUUGGGUUCUCUGCUUGCAGACACUUUAUUACUCACUUCUGCUGCUGUUAUCUCUGAGACAUAAUUACAGCGUCAGAAGRAUUUCUUGACCACCUGACAAUAAAGUGACCCAUGUCCUAUUGUCACCCCUCAGGUUUGUGUUACUUUGAUCAAUUUUCUCUUCAAGAUAAUUUUAUUACUAGAAAGUAAUUAUUAGAGAGAGGCUAUUUGGAGCCUUCAGAGCCCUACACCACUGAUUGGCAUCUGGCCCUGUGCCUACAGCAAGGAAAACACCUGUCCCUUUUUCUUCAGCUGCAGCCAGCUCCUUGUAGGCCACUUGUGGCCAAGGGGACUAGGUCUUGGUUUGCUGGCUGGCCAGCAGCCUCUCAGGUCUCCUAGGAUGAAGUGCCUGUGGACUCAUGCUCGGAAACUGGAGUCCUCUGGAAGCCAGGUGAUUGGAGAAACAUGGUGUGAGCAAGAGGUACCCACCAUCAGGGAGGUCAGGUGGAAUGGACCCUAGGAGUUCACUUGACACCUGGAUGUGUAAUAGAUGCUUUGCAGAAAACCCUUCCAAAUUAAACAAACUGUUGCGCAGAGAAUCUUUGGCACUAAUUGUUUAUAGUCCUGAAGAACUCUCUAGUUAUACAGACUGCAGGAGAGGGGGAAGGCUUUUGCUUAUUACCCGAAUGCCAGGUGCUUGUCACAGCACACRGUGAGACUGACUGCUUCCAUCCAGAAUCUGGGCCUGACCUUCAACAGUAAAUGAAGGUAAGGAGUGUUCCCCCAUCCUCAUACACCUUCCUGCAGAGGUGCAGGCUCCACCAGUCUCCUCGCACAUACUGGGGGCUAGUUGUGGUGAUACACUGCUGUUUCUGAUGAAAAUCAUCUGGAGAAGCUGCACUUUUUWUUAAGGUGAAAGAAGAAAUCUUUGUCCUUCCCUGGAGCCAGCAGACAUUUUAGAGAACCAGAUUUUGUUAUAUUGCAGUUCAGAGCUGCUGC